CGCCUUAAACGAUCGAAAUGCCGUCUAAUGAGCCUUGCGCUAAUCCUCUCCUCCUAGGAUGGAUAGAGGAAUGGAUUGAAACAGCUCGGGAUCAGAAUUCGAAGGGACUUUUAGUUUAUAAGAAGGCAUAUGAAUCCCUCAAGAAAUGUCCGAUGCCCUUCCAACAUCCUUCUCAAUUGCAACAAUUAAAAGGAUUCGGUACGACGUUGUGUAAUCGCUUGACCGAAAAACUGAAGAAGCACUGCGAUGAUAAUGGAUUGCCUAUGCCUAAGCGUCCGAGGCAAUUUAUCAUCCCUGGCUUGGCUAACCAGGAUGAAGAUGAAGAAGAUGGUGCUGCAGAAAGACCACCUAAGAGACGAAAGACGAAGCCUUAUGUGCCAGCUCUCAGGUCUGGCGCCUAUGCCAUAGUUCUAGGUUUGGCAACGCUUGAGGAAGGUAAUCGUAAUGGAAUGACGAAGCAACGAUUGAUCGAGGCUGCUCAACCUCAUUGCGAUGCAUCUUUUACCGUUCCUUCUGACCCAAAAAGUUACUACACGGCUUGGAAGUCUAUGACAACCCUUGUCGAGAAGGACCUCGUCUAUGAACGCGGUAGACCAACUAGAAGGUAUCAUUUGACCGAGGAGGGAUGGGAGGUGGCACGACGGAUUCAACAAACAACAAAUCCUGGUCAACCUAGACUGGUUGAACCAAAUGUAGAGCUAGAUCUUCAAGGAUUUGAACUUGUUCUCCGACGGCUUGCCAAUAGGUCCUCAUCCCUGGAAAUACAAGAUCCGCCUAGGAAUGAAUCUAGCUAUUCCGAUGUCGUCGCCAAUGGCGAUCCGGCAUCAGGAAACUCAGCAUUGCCGAAUUUUAGGCCAAUUCGUCUUGCUCCCGGAUCCUUUGAGGUGCGUUUAGUAUUAGACACGCGUGAGGUCCGGGCAAAGACCGAUAGAGACUACAUACAAAAUGAACUGGCAAAGAAUGGCGUCAACCCGAUGGUGCGUGCCCUGGAACUGGGCGACGCUCUCUGGGUAGCCAAAUGCCACGAUGCAAACUUCCUUCCUCGACUUGGCGCCGAGGGAGAUGAAAUCGUGCUCGAUUAUAUCGUAGAGAGAAAACGGCUCGAUGAUUUAAUCGGAAGUAUCAAAGACGGCCGUUUCCACGAGCAAAAGUUUCGCUUAAAACGAUCCGGCAUUAAGAACAUCGUUUACAUCGUCGAAGAGAUCUCGAUGGAUUCGGAAGUGCUAGAUAAACGCGCAGAAAUGGUGCAAUCCGCCAUCGCGUCGACGCAGGUCGUUAACGGCUUCUUCGUGAAAAAGACGCAGAGGAUGGAUGAUACCAUUCGAUAUCUCACACGCAUGACUAUGCUGCUAAAGAAGCAAUACGAAAGCAAGCCACUACUCGUUAUCCCCACCGAAAUCCUUACCGCGCAGAAUUAUCUCCCGCUCCUCGAGCAUCUUCGCCAGAAGGAGCCUACAACAGGGCAUUAUAUCACCUACCCGGCAUUCGCAUCUUUGGCGUCGAAAUCCGACAUGAUGACGCUGCGGGACCUCUAUCUAAAGAUGCUGAUGUGUACCAGACAGGUCACUGGAGAGAAAGCCCUCGAGAUCCAAAAGAGAUGGAAGACGCCUUACGAAUUCGUAAAGGCUUUCGAGAGCUGUGGUAGCGGGGAACAGGGCAAGAAGCGCAAACGCGAGAUGGUCUUCGAGCAGAUGGGAGGCCUGUUUGGGCGCAAGAGGAUUCCGAAGCCGCUCAGCCAGAAAAUUGCCGACGUCUGGGCCGAUAUGUAAGCCCGUCAAUUGCUAUAUCGAAUCCGAAUUUGGAGUCAAUAACUUGAUACAUUGAGGCGCCAUUCUUCGUUAUUAGCAUCUCUGGAC